AUGGCGAACGAGAUGACAUCUACGGUACCAGAGUCAGUGCAGUGUCCCGUUUGUUUUAAAGACUUGAAACCUGCCGCAAUUAACAGACACCUCGACGUGUGUCUGCUGAAAAUCGAUACCGACAGCAGUCCGUCGACAACAGACGAAAGCGAACCUCCAUUAAAGAAAUCUCGCAUUAGUGCGGGCGCUGCACCACCCAGCCCCAGUGUCAAACCCACGGCCAGCUCCUCCUCCAUGGCCGCUACGCCGUCUAAUGCGGUAUUUUCUCUGUUUCAGACCAACAAGGGUAAAGUUUCAGUUCAGAAUGAACGGGGUGGGUUAUUUUCAAGCAAACAACCUGCUGGCACUGCUGUCAACAAGGGCACUAAACGCAAUUUGCCCAGCGAGGAAGAACCGGGACCGGCAGGUACAGCGAGCCAGCCCUCUGGAUCCAGCGGACAGACUUUGAAGACAGCCAAGGAUUCGUCGCCACGGACACUGCUAACGAUAGACAAGCCUUUGGCGGACAUAAUGAGACCAAACACACUGGAGGAAUACUUUGGUCAGAGUAAAGUUGUAGGCCAGCAAACACUUUUCCGGUCACUUUUGGAGUCCCAGGAAAUACCAUCUAUAAUCCUGUGGGGACCGCCGGGAUGCGGAAAGACCACUCUAGCUCACAUAAUUGCUAGCACCAGUAAGAAGAAGGGAACCGCUCGUUUUGUCCCUCUGUCUGCCACCAGCGCGUCCACCAAUGACGUCCGUGAGGUGAUCAAGCAGGCGCAGAAUGAGCUCCGACUGUGCAAACGAAAGACCAUCCUGUUCAUUGAUGAAAUUCACCGCUUCAACAAAUCCCAACAGGACACCUUCCUUCCUCACGUAGAGUGCGGGACAGUAACUCUGAUCGGGGCAACAACAGAAAAUCCGUCCUUCCAGGUGAAUGCUGCCCUGCUGAGCAGGUGCAGGGUGCUGGUUCUGGAGAAGCUGUCUGUGGAGGCGAUGGCCUCGAUCCUGGACAGGGCCUUGGCCACACUGGGGAUCAGAGUCUUGGAACGAGAUCCAGCGAAUCCCAAAGAUCAAGAGCAAUCAGAUGGGCACGAGCCAAAGAUUUUCAUUGAACAGAAAGCUCUGGACUCCAUAGCCUACCUUUGUGAUGGUGACGCAAGAGUGGGGCUCAAUAGUCUGCAGCUGGCUGUUCAGGCUCAGGUGAACUUGGCCCGGGUCAACUCGUUAGGGCAAGAUGGUUCUCAGGAAAUACUGGUGAAGGAGGAGCACAUCAAGGAAGGUCUACAGAGAUCCCAUAUCCUCUAUGAUAAAGCUGGUGAAGAGCAUUAUAACUGUAUCUCAGCGUUUCAUAAGUCGAUGAGAGGCUCGGAUGAGAAUGCGUCCCUGUACUGGAUGGGCCGCAUGCUGGAGGGCGGUGAGGAUCCCCUCUAUGUGGCUCGCAGAAUGGUCCGCUUUGCCAGCGAGGAUGUGGGUAUGGCAGAUCCUGCUGCUCUUCCUCAGGCUGUGGCGGCCUUCCAAGCCUGUCACUUCAUUGGGAUGCCUGAGUGUGAGGUGAUCCUGGCUCAGUGUGCUGUCUAUCUGGCACGAGCACCCAAAUCUGUGGAGAUUUACAUGGCCUAUGCUAAUGUGAAGGCCUGUUUGAGGAACCACAAAGGCCCCUUACCUCCUGUUCCCCUGCACCUACGCAAUGCCCCCACCAGACUGAUGAAACAAUUGGGCUACGCUAAGGGCUAUAAGUACAACCCAGCCUUCAGUGGCCCUGUAGAGCAGGAGUACUUACCUGAGGAGCUGCAGGGAAUGGACUUCUUCACCUUUACGCCUUCAGACCCAUGAGGAUCUGUUGUAAUGACUGACACGGUUCGCUUUAAUAGGUUAAAAACCAAGGCGGCUGAAUGAAAACAAUGUUGGUAAAUGAUCAGUUGUUGACAUCUAAUGUAGCUGCUGAUCCAAAUUCAGACCUACAGUUAGGAGUCAGUCAACCAUCAUGUUGUGUUCAAUCUUAUCUACAAUUUCACUUUUAAUCUGUUGUUUUUGCAUACUUUGAAGGAUACACAAACCAUAUAAAGUUAAUUUACUUCAAGAUAUGUCCUUAAUCGUUUCAGAUAAAUCACAAUAACAGUAAAUACUCUAGAUAUACAUAUGAAUACGUAUAUGCUGGUUUAUCUUUGUCCAUUUUUACAUUGUUUAAACUGAUUCACAUGUUUCUUUUUGUUAUCUGUAUAUAUUUACAUGAAAU